UUUCCUAAUUUGGAUACAACGAGACCAUGAAUUGUUUUCUUUGCUUUUGCCUUCCCAUCACAUGUUUGAUCAAAAAACAAAAACAUAAGUUCGGAAGCUCCACUCUUCAAUUGCCUUGGACUCAAUAGUCAAGAGAAUUCAGCUCUGAUUGGAGAAAUGGCUGCUUCAGAAAACGACGAGGCACCAAUGCUACAUUCGCAAUUCUCAUAUCAAUAUGCCGAUUCUCAGUUCCAGAAAUUUGAAUCCAUUUCCCUGGAUGUGCCAAGUUCCAUUUCUAUGAGUUCAAUGGGAUCCAAUGCAACUGAAACUGAACUUGGAGACCAUUCAAGUCCAUUCAUGCAUGCAUGUGUUCCGUUCCAGCAUUUACGAGUGUGCAAAGAUUCUUAUUGCACAAUUUGCUCAACACGUCAGAGUCUGAAAUCAGCUAAGCAGGAAAACCGAAAAGCUUCAAGGCUUUUCAAUUCUAAGAUUCAUAUCUCUUUCUAUGACGAUGCUAAAGGGUGGUUUAGAAGAUGUUUCUCUUUUCUAAAUCAACGUAUUCCAGGAGUCAUGAGCCCUCACACUAAGGGUGUGCAACAAUGGAAUAAAUUCUUUGUCUUAGCUUGCUUGGUGGCGAUUUUUAUAGACCCUUUGUUUUUCUUCGUGUUAUCUGCAUGGAAGGAAUAUAAGUGCCUCGUUAUCAGCAAGCCCCUGACCACAAUAAUGGUGUUCUUCAGAACAAUAACUGAUUUGAUAUACUUUUUGCACAUGCUUCUCCAGUUUAGGUUGGCUUAUGUUGCUCCUGAGUCUAGAGUAGUUGGUGCUGGAGAGAUAGUGGACCAACCAAAGAAAAUUGCUCUCCAUUAUCUCCAGGGAAAAUUUCUCGUUGACUUGUUUAUCGUUUUACCACUUCCUCAAAUCAUAAUUUUGGCUAUUUUACCACAAUUUUUCGGAUCAUCUGGAGCAAAUGACGCAAAGAAUCUUCUACGCAUGGCAGUUCUUUUCCAGUACAUUCCCAGAUUGUAUAGAUUUCUACCUCUGCUUGCUGGUCAGUCCCCAUAUGGAUUUGUGCUUGAGUCAGCACGGACAAACUUCGUAAUAAACCUCCUCACUUUCAUGUUGGCUGGCCACGUUGUUGGGUCCUGCUGGUACCUCUUUGGCUUACAGAGGGUUAAUCAAUGUCUUCGAAAUGCAUGUCAUAACUCUGAUAUCCCCAGUGAAUUGUGCAUGAAAUUCAUAGACUGUGGGUUUGGUGAGCAAGGAUGGAAAUGGGCGAACUGGAUAGACAAUGAGAAUGCUACUACUUGUUUUAGUGAAGAGGGUUUUGCCUAUGGAAUCUAUGUUAAAGCUGUCGAUCUCACUACUGCAGAUAGCGUAAUAACUAAAUAUGUAUACUCGUUGUUUUGGGGAUUCCAGCAAAUCAGCACUCUGGCGGGAAAUCAAGUUCCAAGCUAUUUUGUUUGGGAAGUCCUGUUUACCAUGGCAAUUAUCGGACUUGGCCUCUUGCUUUUUGCUCUUCUAAUUGGAAAUAUGCAGAAUUUUCUUCAGUCUCUUGGACGGAGGAGAUUUGAGAUGUUAUUGAGACGUCGUGAUGUAGAAUGGUGGAUGAGCUAUCGCCAUCUACCAGAAGAACUGAGAAGGCAAGUAAGGCAAGCUGAACGGUAUAACUGGUCUGCCACUAGAGGUGUAAAUGAAGAAAUGCUUUUGGAGAAUCUGCCCGAAGACCUUCAAAGAGAUAUACGACGCCAUCUCUUCAAAUUUGUGAAAAAAGUUCGGAUUUUUACCCUCCUAGAAGACCCGGUUUUGGAUGCAAUCUGUGAGAAACUAAAACAAAAGACAUACAUAAAAGGAAGCAAGAUUUUCUAUCCUGGAGGUCUAGUUGAGAAGAUGGUUUUUAUCGUGCGCGGAAGAGUAGAGAGCAUUGGGGAGGAUGGGAUUGUUGUUUCGUUAUGCGAAGGAGAUGUUUGCGGCGAGGAACUUCUCACAUGGUGUCUCGAGCAUCCUUCAGUAAACCAUGUCAGGAUUCCUGGUCGGAAAUUGUUGAGCAAUAGGAUGGUAAGGUGCUUAAGUAACGUUGAAGCAUUUUCGCUGCGAGCAGCAGAUCUUGAAGAGUUCACCAGCCGUUUUGCAAGAUUCCUGCGGAAUGCACGCGUGCAAGGAGCCAUAAGGUAUGAGUCACCGUAUUGGAGAGGUCUUGCAGCAAAGAGAAUUCAAGUAGCAUGGAGAUACAGGAAGAAGCGUCUAAGUCGUGCAAGCGUAUCCCAGAACUCCUCUCCUCUGCAUAGGACUUUUUGGUCGAACAUCGGAUGAAACGCAGCGUUUCAUGUAAAGAAUUAUUUAAUGUCUGAAAUUGGUUGAUAUUUAUUUAAUCUAUUUACUGUAACUCUUAGCAAGAAGGGUCCAGAAUGUCAAAAAGUUCUAUUGACUCGAAAUUCUGCAAUUUUCUCAAGGUGCCCAUUAUUUUCCA